AUCAAAGCCCUUUCCUCCCUCAAAAUCUCCGCAUCUCUCCCUACAUCUUCUCCUCUGUAUAAAUUUAGUUGGCUUUCUUGCAGAGAUGAAUUCAAAUAAAGUGGAUACCGUAUUUCAAGAGGAAGAGCAACAGAGGCAGGAGGGAUCAUCCAUGGGUGGACAUGAAACUUUGGAUGAGAGCGGCUAUGUUCCUGCCAAUGUGCCAGGUUUAAAUAUCAACAAUGGACUUGGAAAGUUGGACAGAAAUACAAGGAAGUUUGUUGAUAAGGCUAAGGAACUGGCUAUGAAUGCCGGCCACGAAGAGUCUACGCCUCUUCAUUUGGUAGUGGCAUUGAUCUCUGAUUGUAAUAACUUAAGGCAAGCAAUUGUCAAUGCCAGUCAGGGUGAAGACACUGAAAACUCAAUUAGGAAUGCCCUCAAUCAAGAAAUGAAUGUGCUUCCCUGCAGAAUUCCUAAAAAUGAGAAGCAACCCAAAAAGAUUGGUUUUUUGAAAAACAACACUCGGGAAAACAAUGUCCCAGAAAGUUACAGUCUACGUAGGGUGAUUAACAUGGCUCAAUCCUCGAAGUCCCAUGGUCAGAGUCAUUUAGCCAUUGAUCAGUUGAUUCUCUGUCUUUUGGAAGAUUCAGAAAUUGAAGAUCUUUUUGAAAGAAGUGGGAUCAGUACCUCAAGGGUGAAAUUAGAGGUCAAGAAGCUUUAUGGGAAGGAGGGAAAAAAGGUGAGAGAUCCUUCUGGAGAUACCACAUUUCAAACUCUGAAGGCUUAUGGUUGUGACUUCAUAGAGCAAGCUCGAAAGCUUGACCCUGUCAUUGGAAUGAAUGAAGAGAUUAAUAUGGUUAUUAGUAUUCUAUCAAGAAAAAACAAGAGCAAUGCCAUUAUUAUUGGAGAGCCUGGUGUUGGAAAAACAGCAGUGGUUGAAGGCUUAGCCCAAAGAAUUGUUAAAGGGGAUGUUCCUAAAUAUUUUGAUGAUGUGAGGCUUUUUGCAUUAGAUAUGGGGGCCUUGGUUGCUGGAACAAAGUAUAGGGGAGAAUUUGAGAAAAGGUUGAAAGCAAUUCUAAAGGAAGCAGAAGAAGCUGAAGGAAAAGUUAUACUCUUCGUUGAUGAAAUACACCUUGUUCUUGGUGCUGGUCAAAUUGAAGGAGGGUCCAUGGAUGCUGCCAACAUUUUCAAGCCAAUGCUUGCCAGGGGCCAAUUUGGAUGCAUUGGGGCGACAACUUUUUUAGAGUAUACAAAAUAUGUGGAGAAAGAUGCUGCUUUUGCAAGAAGGUUCCAAAAGGUUAAUGUGGUCGCGCCAAGUGUUGAGAACACAAUUAGUAUCCUUCGAGGUCUAAAAGAGAGGUACGAAAGACAUCAUGAUGUUAAAAUUCAGGAUCAAGCUCUUGUGGCUGCUGCCCAACUAUCAGCUCGAUAUAUUACUGGACGUCAUUUGCCAGACAAGGCACUUGACCUAGUUGAUGAAGUAUGUGCAAAUGUCAAGGUCCAACUCAAUAGUCGACCAGAAGAGAUUGAUAAUCUUGAAAGGAAAAAACUUCAGUUAGAAGUUGAAUGUCAUGCUCUUGAGAAGGAGAAAGACAAAGCUAGUGAGGCUGAACUUGUUAAAGUUAAAAAAGAGCUUAAUGAUUUGAUGAUCAAACUUCAACCAUUAAGGGAAAAGUAUAUAGAGGAGAAGGAAAAGUUUAAUGAGCGUCGCAAACUGAAACAGAGGCUAGAGUUUGUUCUGGUUACAUUACAAGCUGAAGAGAGAGGUAAUGUUGAUGAUGCUAAAACUUAUCCAAUUAAAGGUAUUGAGGCAGCAAUUGCAAAGCUUGAAAGGAGCAUAGAAGAAAAUGUAAUGUUGGUUGAGAUUAUUGGACCAGAACAAAUUGCAAAAGAAGUGAGUCACUUGACAAACAUACCUAUGAUGAGGCUUGGCCAGAGUGAGAAAGAGUGGUUGAAUGGCCUUGCUGGCAAGUUGCAUCAAAGAGUAGUGGGGCAAGAUCAAGCAGUCAAUGCGGUAACUGAAGCUAUGUUGAGAUCAAGGGUUGGAUUGGGAAGGCAGCAGCAGCCAACUGGUUCAUUCCUUUUCUUGGGUCCUACAGGUGUUGGGAAGACUGAGCUUGCUAAGGCUCUUGCAGAACAGCUGGGUGGCAAAGAAAAUAUAUUGAUUCGGAUUGACAUGACUGAGUAUAUGGAGCCACACUCAGUUGCCCGAUUAAUUGGUGUUCCACCUAGCUAUGAUGGGCAUGAGGAAGGUGGGCAACUCACAGAAGCUGUGAGGAGGCAGCCAUAUAGUGUCAUACUAUUUGAUGAAGUUGAGAAAGCACACCCCACUGUUUUAAAUACAUUUCUUCAAAUUUUGGAUGAUGGAAGGUUGACAGAUGGCGCAGGCUGCACAAUUGAUUUCACCAACACAAUAAUCAUUAUGACUUCAAACCUUGGAGCCGAGUAUCUCUUGAAAGGAUCAAUGGGCAGUUGUACAAUGGAGGGUGCUCGGGAAUUGGUAAUGCAAGAGGUGAGGAAAGACUUCAAGCCCGAGUUUCUUAAUCGACUGGAUAAGAUUGUGGUAUUUGAUCCUCUUUCUCACGAUCAAUUGAUAAAGGUUGCCGAGCUUCAGGUGAAGGAUGUGAAAUUCCGCCUUGCAAGGAGAGGUAUUGCCUUAUGUGUGACUGAACAAGCACUGUAUGUUACAUUAUUGAACAGUUAUGAUCCGGAAUAUGGUGUGAGACCUAUUAGGAGAUGGGUGGAGCAGAAUGUGGUCACUAAAUUAUCAGGAAUGCUUUUGAAUAAGGAGAUUGAUGAAAAUUCAACUGUUUAUAUAGAUUCUAUGCCUAAUGGGUAGGAGUUAACAUAUCGGGUUAAAAGCAAUGGGGGACUUGUGAAUGCUGCUACUGGGCAAAAUUCAGACACACUUAUUGAACUGACUGAUGCCGCCAAGGUGAAAAUGAAGAUGAAGCUGGCGACGAAGAUGAAGAAAUCUAUAGAUG